AUGAUUGUGCCACAGUGCUGGGAGCCUGGAGGUACACGACACUGGGCGUUACUCUGGAGGAGAACGGGUAGAGAGUUGGUGGGUGUGUAUGUACGUAGGUACAGUAUACAAGACCCACGAGUUGUCUGUGUUGAUCUUAGCGUAUAUGCUACAGACAUUAUGAUCCACCCUACAGUAGUGGUAUGGAUGACACACUUGGGCCCUGGGCCCACGACUGUCAAUGCCUACACCAUCAGUGCUGCAUUCGUCAACACUCGGCCUAUUAUCCUUAAGCCUACCCACAGAUGUUGGCCCGUUUUGGCCCUCCUUGACUGUGCACCUCCCGCUUCCCAGCCUUCCAAGGCCAGCCUAGUCCGGGGCCGUCAUCCUACUGGCUGGCUGCUCCACCACAGCUCCUUGCCGACAGCACUGUCCCAGUGGACUGUCACUGGAUUCGGUAUACUGUCACUGGAUUCGGUAUUACAGGUACUCCAGAUACAACACCCAUCUCGAUCGAUUUCUGGCAGGCCCAUAGCUUGUGCAUCGCUCCAACGAGAGCGGCCCCUGGCAAUCCAUGGGCGCUUGCAUCCGGCCUGCAUGCGAAGCUUUAGCCUGCACCAGCAAGCGGCAUCUGCCGGGCGCUGGCGUCUCUAUGGACCAUCGCACGCAAGUCGGACCUCCUCCGAAAGCCGUCGCGCAAGAACCUUGUCUUUCUUGCGAGCGACUACACACAUAGGUAGAGUAGGUACAUGUGUGGUGUGGGCCCAACCCUCCGUGGCUGUGGUUAUGGCUCGUAGCGCGCAUUUCCAGCGCAGCGGCGGCCGCUUUUACGAGCCCUACCGUUGGGCGCUUCAAGUACCGGCGGAGAAGCGAAUCACAUCAGUGGACCUCAGCUGGCAGAUCCUUCCCCCUUCCCACAUUUCCAAGUCUAUGGACUGGACUGCCCCUCCAACCACGGAACCGCCGUUCAUCGAAAAAUGA